AUGCAAGCAGUUGUGGAGGAGCUUCUUCUGUCUGGAGACAGCAUUACACAGAAGCACGGUGAGAUAUAUGAACUUCUUGGACUGGAUGUGGUUUAUGACAAAGGAAGAUUGAAGAUAUACAGCACUAACAAAGCAAAGAUAAUUUCGAUAGGAGCGGGGAUACAUAUAAGGGCGUGCUACAAGUCUAUGAGCCGACUUGCAACAAGGGGAUUUGUGAAUCUUGACGGACACAGUAUGCCACUGGAGAUACUCGACAUGAUGGGAAAUAAGAUUGUGGUUACGUUUAUUGGGAAGGAGAAUGCGAAUCGGAUUGCGAUUGUGACAAGUGGAGGCGAUGCACCAGGAAUGAACUCGGCAAUUAAAAGCAUAAUACGAACUGGGAUCAAGUGGGGAGCAACGGUGUAUGGAGUGUAUAAUGGAUAUGAUGGACUGAUAAACGACAACAUAAAGAAGCUGAACUGGGAUACUGAGACGUACUACAGCAGCCAGGGAGGCACUGUUCUAUUGUCUGCAAGGUCUGACAGGUUUCUUAAUGCGAAGGGGCGAAAGCAAGCGGUGUUGAAUAUGGCAAAGAAGAGAAUUAACUGCAUGAUUAUACUGGGAGGUGAUGGAUCACUAAAGGGAGCGUUAGAGUUGAAGAAUGAGUUUAGAGAGCAUCUUAGAGAACUUCUGCGAGAAGGGAAGAUAUCGAGCGAGGAGAAAAGAAAGAUACGAAUGAACAAGUCGAGGGUGGAAGGGAAGGUAGAUGUUGAACAAACGACUGAUGGAAGUGGAGUGAUGUAUUCUGAUUUUUAUGGAAAGCCAGAGUGUUACAAGGCGAAUCCAACAGUUUACCAUGACCUGAAUUCGUCUGAUGAGGUUGAUGAUGAGAAGAUGGAGAAAGAUGAGGAUGAUAGAUGCGAUGAGGAGGAGAUUGAAAGAUACGUGUAUGGAUUGAAAGUUGUAGGCAUUCCUGCAUCUAUUGACAAUGAUAUAUAUGGGACGGAGGUUUCGUUGGGAGAGGAUUCUGCAAUACACAGAGUGGUUGAGGCUAUUGAUCAUCUGAUGUCAACAAUGAAGUCGCACUCUCGUGCAUUUGUAAUUGAAGUGAUGGGAAGGAAGUGCGGAUGGAUAGCUCUUAUGUCUGCUCUUGGAUGCGCGGCAGAUUAUGUAUUGUUACCUGAGGUGCCUGGAGAUUGGAAGAAGGAGAUGAUGGAUGCGAUUGCAGUUGGAAAGAAGCAUGGGAAGCCAGAGAUUUUUGUUAUUGUUUCUGAGGGUGCUGUUGAAGCAGAUGGCACGCCGAUACGUGUUUCAUCGGUGGUUGAGGAAAUAGAUAAGGUUGGGAUUGAGGUCAGGUCAUUGAAGUUAGGGCAUAUACAGCGAGGAGGUCCUCCAUCUUUUCAGGAUAGGGUUUAUGGGACUUUGUUUGGAAUCAAAGCGGUUGAGACUGUGAUGGAGCCGGUUGACGAGCCAUUGAUGGUAAGAGUUUUCAAUGACGAGGUGGAUACGAUUGAUCUGAGAGAGGUAGUACAUAGGAAUGAGAUGACUGGGGUGUUUGAAAAGGAAAUGAAGUUUCCAGAUGUGUUUAAGAGUAGGAAUGAGUUUUUUAGGCUUGCAUAUGUGUACUUCAGGAAGGCUCUGAUGACAAGAGUGCUGUAUGAGAAUGGAUGUAAUACAAAGAUUGGAUCUGUGGGGAUUCUGCAAGUUGGUGGUCGAUCUAGUGGGAUGAAUGCGGUGCUGAAUGCAAUAGUGCAAUAUUCACUGACGAUAGGAAUAGAGCCAUACUACAUUCCAAAUGGAUUUGAGGGACUUAUCAAAGGCCAGGUUGUGAAAGCAAAGCUUUAUGAGUUUUCAAGUGAUGUGAACAAUGGCGGAUCUGCAAUUGGAGUGGGAAAUAACAGUGAUAUUGACAUUGAGGAGCUACAGAGAAAGAUAAAUGAGAGUGGAUUGGAAUCGCUUAUUGUGAUAGGAGGUUCAAAGGCACUUUCGGUGAUUGAUAAGAUAAAGAGAAUUAAUGUUAUUAUUGUACCAGCAACUGCACAUAACAAUAUGCCUGGCACAGGUGUAAGUAUUGGAUCUGAUACUGCAUUGAACACGAUUCUUAAGAUGUCUGAUAUGUCGAAGCUGAAUUCAUUUUCAUGCAAGAACAGUGUGUUUGUAAUUGAGAUUGGGGGAGAGGAGUGUGGGUAUCUGUCAUUAAUGGGAGGAAUAGCAGCUGGUGCAUUUGAGGUAUUUAUACCUGAGAGGAGGUAUUUGAUAGGAAAUCUUUCUGAAGCAGCACAGAGGUUACGAAUGAGAUUCAAGGAAAGUUCAAGACGAGGAAUAGUGAUAUUCAGGAAUGAAAGGACAUUCUGCUCGAUCCCUACAGAUAGCUUCUGCAAGGUUCUGAAGACGGACAGCAAGGGACUUUUUGAGACAGGAUAUUCUAUUCUUGGAUCUAUACAGCAAGGAUCGAAUCCAUCACCAACAGACAGAAUAUAUGCAGCGAUUCUAGGUAUUGAAGCAGUUGAUUUGUGUGUUGCAAAUCGUGGAGUUGGCGUAGUUGGUAUUUGUGGAAACAGCAUUAAGUUUACAAAGAUCGAAGAUGUUUUAGAAGCAUUUGACUUUGAGCAUGACAGGGAGAAGGAUCCGAAGUGGCUCAAGUACUCUAAUAUAUGUAGAUCUGUGGAAUAA